AUGCCUGCAGGCUCUCUUUGUAAAAAGAAGCUGGCAAAAAGACCUGGAUACAUGAGGCCAGAAGCUCAGCGACAGGUAGAUUUUAAGUCCCUGAGUGCCUGCAAACCAUUCAGUCCAGAAGAGCUCAGACAUGGCAAGCAGCACUGUGAACACCUUGAGAGCUGCUCUCUACACAGACAAUGCCAAAAUAACCUUGAGUUCUCAUGCUGUAGUUCUGUAGUUCCUGCUAAUGGGGUAACAAUGUUGUCUGCUACUGGAAAUAUGCCAGGAUGCCACAAAAAUAUUCCAUCUUGCAAGAGUCUGCAGUCAGAAAACACAGCGAUAAUGAUUUACUCUACUGCAGCAACAAGCAAAGGAGAUGUUUCUGCUGUAUGCUGUACGUGGCAGAAAAGUGAGGGUGCUGAAGUGAGCAAGCCUGUGAACAUGUGUGCUUUGGAUCAGACAGAAGUGAAUAACAGCUGUGAAUAUCAAACCAGAGAUGUUAUUUCUCAUUAUGUUGGGGCACAUGAUGGCUUUAGUUCAAGUUUCAGCUUCAUACAGCUCUCCCUGAACUCGGCACCUGGAGUAAGAGAUGCUGAAGGCAAGUCAGCCAUUGAGGAAACUGAGUAUGUUCGACAUCCCAGCACUGCAGGAAGUAUGCAGAUGCCAGAAGAGAUGCUGCACACUCAUGAGCACUUGGGAGCUUUACAUUGCUUCUCUAGGCCCUGUGAGGAUUUGGAGUAUGAAAAUGAGACCGCAGUGAAUGAUAAACUGCAGGACUGUGAGACUCUCUCUCUCUCAGAUACAGAUGCAACAUACUCAUAUUCUACAGAUUCCUCAGAUGCAGCAUCUGCUGGCUCUUCUGUUACCUCAGGCUAUGAAAGCAGUUUUACUGUUAGUGACCAUAGCUGGGAUACUUUGAUAAAAAAGUAUGAACCAGUGCUACAGGACUGCCUGCUUGGCAACCGUAGUACAUUAAAGAUAAAAUCCUUGAUCUUACGGCUUAAGAGGCUUCAGGAAAAAGCAGUAGAGGAAGAUGACUAUGAUAGAGCUGAUAAAUUUAGAAGGAAACUGGAAGAACUGGAGAGAGAGAAAAAUUCUUUAAAAUUUCAGCUUCCUUCAAGGCAUCCUUCAGUUAGCAGUUUUUUGGACCGGUUUGUUACCCAAGUUCAAGCAACGUUGCACUGGGCUGCUGAUCAUCGUGUUAGAAAUGGAGAAAUGCAAGUUUGGCAUGAAAACGAGCAUAGACUUUUGAGAUCCACUUACCAGGAGAGGAUGGAGGUUUCAGCCACAAAACGAAACCAACUUUUUCAAGAAAAGAAGUGGUUACAGAAGGAAAUUGAAGACCUCCGAGCAAGACUGGCCAUAUUGGAAGCAAAAGAUCAACAGCUAAGAAGAGAAAUUGAAGAACAAGAUAGGCUUAUUCAGUCACAGGACUGUGAACUGACUGCUUUACUUGGCUGUCUUUCUUUGAGAGAACUACAGGAAAUAAGCAAGGCUGUGGGUGACACUUUAGCAUUGUCCUAUCAAAUUCCAUUCAGUCUGGAUCUUCCGGGGACAAUAAAGAGCCUUCAGGAAAAAGAGCAAUCGUUCACCAUGUCCAUUAAAGAAACUACUGCCAAAGUUUGCACGAGUCAGAAACUCUGCAGUACUUUGAGGAGGAAAGUGAGUGAUAUUGAGACUCAACUACCAGCUCUACUUGAAGCAAAAAUGCUGGCUGUUUCAGGAAGUAAUUUUGGUACUGCGAAGGACCUAACAGAAGAAAUAAGAUCAUUAACAUCAGAGAAGGAGGGGCUGGAAGGACUUCUCAAUGAACUGUUGGUUCUGAGUGCCAGAAAUGUCCGAGAACUAGAGAGAAUCAAAGAUGAUUACACCAGACUGAAACAAGAACUUGAAGAAGGAGAGACUGCCUUCGUCACCAGUGUAAAAGAAAAUGCUGAAAAGUAUAUGGAGAUACUGGAGGAUAAACUGCAUAGCUGCAGGAGCCAGCUGCUCCAAAGAGUGUGGGAAGCUGACUUGGAGGCCUGUCAGCUGUUGAUCCGAGGGUUUCAACUGAAAGAAACAAGUUGCUGUGGUUUUGAGCAAGAGGAGAACCAAAUGGAUGAGAUGGAGAUGACUGCUGAUGGCCCAUCUGAUUCUGAGAAAAGAAAAGAAGGUCACUUUCCAAAGAGCAUAGAGUGGGGCUCAGUUCCCUGCCCCAAGCACAGCGAGCUAGAAGAGGUUACAGAAGACAUUUCAUUGGGAGCAGAGGGUCAUUUAUCUGAGGAGUUCUUCAUAUUUUCUGCAGAGUUGGGAGAAAAAUGUAAAGCAAUAAGUGAGAAAUUGGUGCACCUGGAAGAUCAAUUGCAAAGUUCUGCCUGCAGAGUUGAUGAAGGAGUUAUUCAGUCUCUGCAGAGGGAGAUCCAGGUGGUGAAGGAGACACUCCAGACAGUGCUCAUGCAACUUCAGCCAGCAAGGGAGGCAGAAGAAAAGGCUGGAGACUUCCUCUGUGACAGCUGGUGUCCAGGAAAACAAGACUUGAAGGAAUAAUGAGCAGAAAGAGCUGAACACUGCUGCAUUUGAAUAAAAUCUCAACCUAUGCAACCACUUUAACAAGACACUGAACUGAGGAAAAGGAAAACUGAAUCAGUCAUCAUUCGUAUUAUAUUUGUCUUUGUUAAUUAACAUUUACUCUAUACAUAAUGUGGACUACUACUACUUUAAUUUAUUAUUCCAUUAACUUCACUGUUUGUUGUGGGAAGCUAGAGCCAGUAAUUGUUCCUUUUCUCAGACAUGCUGUAUAACAAGCAUACUUAAAGAAAGGUAUACUAUGCAAUGUAUUAGCUUCCUUUUAUUGGUGAGUAGAAAACAUUCAAAUAAAGAGAAGAAUGUUUUUAACUAA